AUGAAUGGAAGUUCUCGUAUUUCAUCAAAUUUCAACAAUUUAUUUACUCCAUCUUUAAUUGAUGAAAUUAAAUUUUUAACACAAAUUCAUUCAAAAUUAGCCAACAAUCUUGUUAAAUUGCGAGAAUUAUUAAAACAAUUUAAUUCUGUUGAAAAGGCUAAAGAAGUUUUAUUAAACGAUUCAAUUACUUUUAGAGAACAUCCAGAUAUAUUAAAUAGAGUUAAGGCAAAACUUCAUCAAAAAGCCAACAAUAUUUUAGAGCAUUUAAAUAUUUAUUCCUCUAAAUUAUUAUUUAUUCAUUCAAAAUUAAACAAUUUCCCACCAAAUACAUUUAAUUAUCAAUUUAUUGAAGAUGAUAUUUUUAUACUUAAAACCCAUACAAAUCGUCUCAAAAAUCUCUUGGACUCGUUUAUUUUGCAAUUUAAUGAAGGUAGAGUACUUCCUUUCCUCAACAAAACAAUAGAUCCACUAUUAUUUUGCAAUCUUUCGAAACAACUAGAGCCUGAAUUGAGUUUUUCUUUUGAAAUUUCUGAUACAAAAGCUCAUCCAAGUUGGUUAGUUCAAAGGGCAAUUGAACGAAUAAAAUCUUUUAAUUAA